CCUGACUCUUCAGAUUUAUGAGGAAUCCAAGAUGAAUUUGGAGCAGGAGAGGCCGUUCGUCUGCAGUGCCCCAGGUUGCUCCCAGCGCUUCCCGACAGAAGAUCAUCUUAUGAUUCAUAGGCACAAGCAUGAAAUGACUUUGAAGUUCCCCUCAAUAAAAACAGACAAUAUGAUAUCAGAUCAGACUCCAACCCCAACACGAUUUCUGAAGAACUGUGAGGAGGUGGGUCUCUUUACCGAGCUGGACUGCUCCCUGGAACACGAGUUCAGAAAGGCUCAGGAGGAAGAGACCAGUAAGCGGAAUAUCUCAAUGCAUAACACAGUUGGUGGGGCCAUGGUGGGGCCUGGAGCUCACCAGCUUGGCAGCACCCGGAUGACCAACCAUGACACCAGCGUUGUGAUUCAGCAAGCCAUGCCAUCACCCCAAUCCAGCUCUGUAAUCACCCAGGCGCCCUCCACCAACCGCCAGAUUGGGCCUGUCCCAGGCUCUCUUUCUUCUCUGCUCCAUCUCCAUAGCCGACACAGACAGCCUAUGCCAGCCUCCAUGCCUGGGACCCUGCCCAACCCCACUAUGCCGGGAUCUUCUGCCGUCUUGAUGCCAAUGGAGAGACAAAUGUCAGUGAACUCCAGCCUUCUGGGAAUGCAGGGCCCGAAUCUCAGCAACCCCUGUGCUUCUCCUCAAGUCCAGCCAAUGCACUCAGAAACCAAAAUGAGGUUGAAGGCUGCGUUGACUCACCAUCCUGCUGCCAUGUCCAAUGGGAACAUGAACACCAUGAGCCAUAUGAUGGAUAUGAUGGGCUCUCGACAGGACCAGACACCGCACCAUCACAUGCACUCGCACCCGCAUCAGCACCAGGCACUGCCAGCCCAUCACCCCUAUCAGCACCAGCACCCUGCACACCAUCCGCAUCCCCAACCCCAUCACCAGCAGAACCACCCACAUCACCACUCCCACUCCCACCUCCAUACACACCCAGCACAUCACCAAACCUCGACACACCCACCCCUGCACUCCAGCAACCAAGCACAGGUUUCACCAGCCACACAACAGAUGCAGCCAACCCAGACAAUACAACCCCCCCAGCCUACAGGGGGGCGGCGAAGAAGGGUGGUGGAUGAGGAUCCUGAUGAGAGGCGGAGGAAAUUUCUGGAGCGGAACCGGGCAGCUGCCACUCGCUGCAGACAGAAGAGGAAGGUCUGGGUGAUGUCACUGGAAAAGAAAGCAGAAGAACUCACCCAGACAAACAUGCAACUUCAGAAUGAAGUAUCUAUGUUGAAAAACGAGGUGGCACAGCUGAAACAGUUGUUGUUGACACAUAAAGACUGUCCGAUAACAGCCAUGCAGAAAGAAUCACAAGGCUAUUUAAGUCCAGAGAGUAGUCCUCCUGCCAGCCCUGUCCCUGCUUGCUCUCAGCAGCAAGUUAUCCAGCAUAACACCAUCACUACUUCCUCUGCAGUCAGCGAGGUGGUAGGAAGUUCCACACUAAGCCAGCUCUCCACCCACAGAACAGACCUGAAUUCGAUUCUUUAAACCCAGGGCUCAGACCUUGCCUCCAAGAAGAGCUGCGUCCUUUCUUUUAAGGGCAUUUUUAGAAUUAACUCAGACCUGGAAGACAUCUCCAACCCUUCAAAGACUGGCUUUCAACUUUAUAGUCAUGAUGGAAAUGCCUUUUAUACUUAGUUCUCUAAGCAAAAAAGGGAAAAAAUGGGGGGAGUUAUGCAAUUGAUAUCUAUCAGCUUGGGAAAUGCUUUGGUGCUUUUCUCUAAUUUUCUGGUACCAGUGACUUGUUUAUAAAUGGAACUCUUUCUGUAUAUAGCCCUGGUUUUAUUCUUAUCAGUUCAACCCUUUGCCUGUAACACUGAAUCUUGUUUUCAAACAACAAACAAUAAUAAAACAAAACACAGCUUUUUGCCAAAA